GGAACCCGCCAUUUUCUGUUGGGGCUGGCGGGAAAAGCGGGAAGGGAGCGAAGGAGCAGCGCCAGCGCCGCCGCGGGGACAACCAACGGCUUCCAACGGCCACUAACGCGCGCGAGGCGGACAGACAGCAGAUUUCGUGUAUUCUAAAAACCACCCAGGAUGGCUCGUACCAAGCAGACUGCCCGUAAAUCCACUGGUGGGAAAGCACCCCGGAAACAGCUGGCCACUAAAGCCGCUCGGAAAAGUGCACCAUCCACUGGUGGAGUGAAAAAGCCUCACCGUUACAGGCCUGGCACCGUGGCACUACGAGAGAUCCGGCGGUACCAGAAAUCCACAGAGUUGCUGAUCCGCAAGCUGCCAUUCCAGCGCCUGGUCCGUGAAAUCGCUCAGGACUUCAAGACAGACCUGCGGUUCCAGAGUGCUGCCAUCGGAGCUCUCCAGGAAGCCAGCGAGGCAUAUCUUGUGGGUCUGUUUGAAGAUACCAACCUGUGUGCCAUCCAUGCCAAGCGGGUCACCAUCAUGCCAAAAGACAUACAGCUGGCCCGCCGCAUCCGUGGCGAACGAGCUUAAAUCCUGCUCUUCUCUCCCCCACCUCAGCAGCCCUCCAGCCCCGCUUGUGCAGUGUACUAGAAUACACUCCAGGUUUUUUGGUUUUUUAUUUCUUCUACUCCUGUUUGUAGUGGCUAGGACAUGUGAGGAAAAUGUUAGAUUAUUCUAUCGUAGUCCCUCUCCGUGAUCAGGAGACUUGAUUCUUAUUCAUCAUGUACAAGCAAAAAGAAACCCUUUGAAACCUGCAAGACUUCUGGAUGUUGUUUUUGUAAAACUUUUUUUUCAGAAUUGCAAAAAAAAAAAAAGGAAAAAAAUACCCAACAGGGGACACUUUUGAAAUAUCUGGUUUUGUACACACGACUUAAGUAGAUAAUAGCAUUUAAACGAGAAACAGCUUCUUUUUGGUCUUCAGUUUGUAAAAUAUCUGCAGAGAACAGUACACACUUUCAUUAGUUGAGUCUUUUCUUUGUACUUAGGAGUGCUUUCCAAGUCCUAUUUUUUCCUGUUUUCCAUUUGUCUUGUGUCUGUGACCUUUGUAACAAUAGAGACUCACCUUGAGGCAGUAAGAAAAAAAAUAAAUGUUGAACAACAA